AUGCGACGGGCACGACAAGAACAGCAAUGGAAAAAUUGUAAGCAAGAAGAAAACGAAACAAUCAACGAAUUUAUCGUUCGAAUUCGUGCCCUGUGGCAAGAACAAAAGCCAAAUGAAAAUGAAGAUGACCUCAUACGACACCUAAUGUGCAAGAUGAAAAACAAUCUAUUUACGAUGAUUGGAAUAUCUCGAUGUGGAUCAUUAGAUGAAAUUAUUAUAGAAGCACGAAAAAUUGAAGAAAUUCUCUAUCAAAGAAACAAACAAUUAUAUAGAAAUUCUAAUCAAGAUAGAACACAAAAUAACGCAUCAACAACAUCAAUAUACAACAACGAUAAUCAAUAUGAAACACAAGCAGUGUCGGCAUAUCAAAAGAACCGACAAAUGAAUACGUAUGCGAAAGGAAAUUAUACAAAUAAAUAUUAUGGCAACGAUCAUCGACCAUCGCAAUGGGCAAAUUACUCGUCAUAUGCAACGACAAAUCGACGAGAUAUAUACUCGACAUAUGACACAAAAUGUCAAGCCUGUGGAAAAAAGGCCACAAUAGAAACGACUGCCCACAACAAUACAAUACUUAUUCACAACAACAAUCAUGGUACUACCCAAAAAACGACGAUGGAGUGCACGAUGGACGGGACCAUGGCGCUCCAAACUAAAUUAUCCCGUCCAAAUAUCCGCCGAAAUUCAUAUCGUUAA